AUGGACGAUUAUGUGGAUCUCGCCGACACUUUGCUAAAUAUUGAUGGAGAGCUAGUGAACGUUAUAUCGGCUGACAGGGGAAAAUGGAAUAUCCCUGUGGACGGAAAGCCGCUGGAAUGUCCCGACUGUUUUCGGCAGUUUGCGAACGCGGGUCGCCUUGAGCGUCACAUUUCCGGUUUUCAUUCCCAUUAUGGCGCUUUCAAGUGUUUGCUUUGUGGUCAUAGAUUCAAAUAUGACUACAAUCUUUUGUUUCAUUAUCGCCAUAGCUGCGCCUAUACAAAACUGCUCGUUGGGGCGGACGUUCGAAAACUGUUGGAUGCUGCUUCUUUGAGAAAACUCAUCUCGCAAAUCAAGGAAUCGGAUCCACAGUUGCGUACGGGGAGUUCACGACUCGUCAACGUCAAGCGGCGACCGUCCUUGAAGGCUGUGCCAAGAAACGUUCGCGUUAUAGAAUCAUCCGCUACAAAAUCCCGAUGUAAACGUGGUUUGGAGGAGGGAAAGAAGUGUCCUGUUUGCGGUAUGUUAGUUCAUGUUCAAGAUGGUGAACCUGUGUAUAAUCAUUAG